AUGAGGUCGCGUGUUCGAUCCACGCUCACCGCAAUUAGCUUUUUUAAUUUCUUGUCCGAAAAGAAACACUGCUAUUCAUUUUUUUUUCCCCUUCCCUUUCUUUUUGGUGCGUUGCUUCUACUCACUCACUCCACUUUCAUCUCACAACGAGAACAUUCCAAAACCGAUCGAAUCAUGGAAAAUUCACCAAACCCUAACAAUCCCAAACCCAACGAAGAAGAAAUCGACGAACACGAAAACGAAAACGAAGAAGAAGAAGAUGACGAAGACGAUGUUCCACAAUCCCCACUCUCCCGUCUCCGCGACCAAAAAUUCAAACUCGAAACCCUAUCCCGACGCCUCUCAUCGGAGCUAGUUCCAAUCCGAGUCCACGACGUGAUAAUUCGCGGCAACACGAAAACCAAAGAUUGGGUGAUCGAAGCUGAACUCAAGGGAAUCGAAGAUGUUACCACCAUGCAGGAGCUUAUUCGUGCAUCGGAGAUUGUGCUUGCUAGGCUUCAGAGUCUCGGGGUUUUUGAAUCUAGUAAGAUUAGUCUUGAGCCUGGACCGGUUGAGUUGCCGAAUACUGCGAAUGUUGUUGUUGAUAUUGUUGAGGCUGCUAGUAGAGUUUCUGGUGAAUUUGGUGUUUAUACCAAACCCGCGACUAGUUCUUGGACUGGUGAAGGUACUAUUAAGUACAAAAACUUGUUAGGUUAUGGUGAUCUAUGGGAUGCUUCUUUGGCUUACGGUGCAAACCAAGCAACAGAGGUGAGUGUAGGGUUAUAUGCCCCUCGACUUAAAGGAACUUCAAAUCCCGUUGUAGCACGACUGUCCAUGCUUUCCCAAGAUUGGCAGGAGUUUUCUUCGUACAAAGAGCAAUUGUUGGGCAUGUCUCUUGGCUUAAUCUCAACAAAGCACCAUGAUUUGACAUACACUUUUGGAUGGCGUACCUUAACGGAUCCAUUGCAAAUGGCAUCCAGGUCUGUAAGAAGGCAGCUUGGGCACGGUUUGUUAUCAUCUUUGAAGUAUACGUUUAAAAUUGAUAGGAGAAACUCACCAAUUAGGCCCACAAAAGGACUUGCCUUUGUUUCUACCACUCACCUUGGUGGCCUUACACCAGAUAAUCGAAGCUUGCGGUUUCUGCGUCAGGAGUUUGAUGCUCGGUAUGCUGUCCCUUUUGGGUUUUAUAAUACAGCACUGAACCUAGGGAUUUCUGCUGGUGCUAUUUUUCCAUGGGGACAUGAUUUCAUGAAAAAGCCAUCUCCCCUUCCUGAAAGGUUUUAUUUGGGUGGUGACUUCUCUCCAGUUUGUACCCUAGGAGGACCAAUGACAUUGUGGGGAUUUAAAACUAGGGGAUUAGGUCCUGCUGAACCACGAAGACAAAGCAGAGAUGUAUUCAAUGAUGACAAUAGUGAUUCCUCUAAAUGGGACUCCGUUGGAGGAGAUCUUUCUGUUACAGCUUUUGCAGACCUCUCGUUUGAUCUUCCAAUUAGGUGGUUAAGAGAACACGGGGUCCAUGGUCAUGUUUUUGCUGGUGCUGGGAAUACUGCUAAAUUAACUCAGAAUGAAUAUAAGCACUUCUCUCCUCGGAGGUUCCUAGAAUCCUUCCGUUCAUCAGUGGGAUGUGGAUUUGUUGUUCCUACUAGUCUUUUCCGCCUAGAGGCUAACUACUACUACGUGCUCAAGCAGACUGAACAUGAUCGUGGUAAAAAUGGAUUUAGGUUCAGCUUCUCAGCUCCUUCAUAGAGGCUGGUUUGACAACUGAAAUUCUUUCCUUUCUAUGUAGUUCUCAAGCAUCAAACAUUGUUGCUCUCUGUCACUGGAUGGCUAGUUAUUUUCAUUUCCUUGUCAUUUAAAAUCCAGACUGAAAAUUAAGAAAAGGCAUAGUUUCAGAUUUGGGGAUUUUUAGGAAUUAGGUUUUUGAAUUACCCUGUGGGGGUCAUAACAUGUAGCCGAUGCUCAUUGCAUGGCUGAGGCAAAUGAAAUUCGAAAUUUGUGCACUCAUUUACUGCUACAUAUGAAGAGGCCUCGAUUUGGCAUUGAGAACUCUCAAACUUUGUUUGUUCAGCUUAAAUUGCAAAUAACUCCUAACAUUGAUUGAGGUCAUGCUUGUGCUUAUUGUUAUGUAGUGUACAUGUAUGUAUGUUUGAUGGGUGCCUUAA